UAGAUAAGGGGUAUUUUUGUAUUUAUCGAUGAUCGUUACAAAUCUUUUUGAGAAAUUAAUAAUAAUAUGUUACAUCGCUAAUAUAUAGAUAUAUAGAAAUGAUGGCGUAAUGAAAACGAAUCAAAUCAUUUUCAUAUCCAUUAAUUUCAUUUCGAAUAACCUUCUUUUUUCCUAUUCAAUAUCCAUAAUGCCUGAAGGUAUGUAGGAAGUGGGAAUGCCAGCUCAUGCAUAAUCCUUUUAGGUCACUAUCAUUCAUUCGAAAUUCGUACAUUGUCUGAAAAAUGGAUUCAUCUAAUCGGAAAAAAAUGAAUCCUGUAUAUGUGAUAUUCAUUUCCCUUCUUCUUGAUCUGCUUGCUUUCACAAUGAUUCUUCCAUUGCUACCAUCAUUGUUGGACCAUUAUAAACAGAAUGAUUCCACUGGGUUAUAUGCUUGGUUAUCUGGAAGAGUGAAAUAUUUUCAAGAAAUUGUUGGAGCUCCUGAGAAAUUUAAUAAUGUUUUAUUUGGAGGAUUCCUAGGUUCCAUGUUCAGUUUUUUACAGUACUUAACUUCCCCUCUUUUGGGAAGUAUUUCUGAUGUUGUUGGAAGAAAAUCUGUGUUGAUAAUAUGUUUGUUGGGAAUAUCAUUUUCAUACAUCCUUUGGGCUUUCUCUAGUAAUCUGAUCAUAUUCAUUAUAGCAAGGUUUAUUGGAGGAAUAAGCAAAGGUAAUGUCUCUCUAAGUAUGGCAAUAAUAACUGAUGUCUCUUCAGUUGAAAAUAGAGGAAAAGGAAUGGCUCUUGUAGGCAUUGCCUUUUCAUUAGGCUUUAUUGUGGGUCCUCUUAUUGGAGCAGUUUUUGCUGUAUGGGCCAAAACUAAAACAGGACAGUGGUAUAUUAUUCCAGCCAUCUUUGCCUUAUUUCUAUCCUUGGCUGAUUUAUUAUUUAUAACUGUUCUUUUCCAAGAGUCAUUACCUAAGGAAAAACGUGCCAAAUCCUUCAAAAGUAGUUUCAAAACAGCCGAAGGGAUGAUAAAUGUGAAACAAUUAUUCAGUUUUUCUGCUGUUAAUCAUGAUGAGAAAUCCAAUUCCAAAGAAUUAAAAAAGUUGGGACUGAUAUAUUUUGUAUACUUAUUUAUUUAUAGUGGUCUAGAAUUCACACUCACAUUUUUAACUCAUCAUGUGUUCAAUUAUACAUCAAUGGAACAGGGAUGGAUGUUUUUUUCCAUAGGUCUCACAAUGGCUGUUAUUCAGGGUGGUUAUGUUAGGAGAAUCCCCAAAGACAAAAUAAAGAAAACAGCUACCCUGGGUUUAUGGCUUAUUAUCCCCUCUUUCAUUUGUGUAGGUCUUGCAAAUGGGCCAGUAUUAUUAUACUUAGGACUUUUCCUAUAUGCAUCAUCAACUGCCUUAGUUGUGCCUUGUAUUAUGACAAUGGCCUCUCUUUAUGGUUCUGCUGAUCAAAAAGGUACUGUUAUGGGUAUUUUUAGAUCUCUAGGAGCCCUAGCCAGGGCUCUGGGUCCAAUCAUUGCCAGUAUUGCUUUUUGGAGUAUAGGUUCUUGUACAACUUAUUUGAUAGGGUCAAUCUGUCUUUUAUGGCCAGUAUUGAACUUACUGAAACUGUAAUUGCAGUAUUCUUACUUCCAAACUUGAUUUGUUCUGAUUGUUCAAAUUGAGACAACAGUAUUGGUUAUACAUCACAAUAUUUAUUCUUUGUUAUUAAUGUUCUUUGAAUUUAAAAAUAUAUUAUAGAUAAUCUUAUAUUUUUCUUAUAGAAAUACA